AUGAAGGCAACUCAGAGCAGGCAAAAGUCCUAUGCGGACAAGAGGAGGAGGCCUUUGGAAUUUGAAGCAGGGGAUCAUGUGUUCCUCCGAGUAACACCGACAGUGGGUAUUGGGAGAGCCAUCAAAUCAAGGAAGUUAACUCCGAGGUUUGUUGGACCCUAUCAGAUAUUGAAAACGAUUGACGUUGUAGCCUAUGAGAUUGCCCUGCCACCGCACUUGGCGAGUAUGCAUAAUGUAUUUCACGUUUCUCAGUUGAGGAAGUAUAUAGCAGAUCCAUCUCAUGUGCUGGAGCCAGAUGAUAUUCAGAUCAGGGAAGACUUGACCAUAAACACCAGACCGGUACGGAUUCUCGACUCGCAAGUGAAAAAGCUGCGAGGAAAGGAAUUAAAGACAGUGAAGGUCCUCUGGGAUGAAAUUACUCAGGAGAUGACUUGGGAGAUGGAGGAUCGCAUGAGGCAAUCCUACCCACACUCGUUUCCUGGUAAGUCUAAUUUUCGAGGACGAAAAUCUUUAAAGAUGGGGGAAAUGUAA